AUGAGCUUCUUACACAUUGUCAUCGUCGGAGCGAUCAUCGCCGCUAUAGGAGCUGUAGCUUGGUUUGUCAUGCCAAAGGGAAACAAUCAAACACUACUGAGAACAGCGGUUCUUCUUACACUUACCAGCUGCUACCUGAUGUGGGCAAUCACAUAUCUUGCUCAAUUACAUCCUCUGAUCAAACCUCGACGAUCCGAUUUAAGAGCAGAAUACUAG